GCAGUAAAUGGAAGAAAACUGGUUUGGGAAACCCUACAAUGCCAGACUGGACUUUAUUCUAGGUCAGUGGUUCUCAGACUUAAACAUACAUCAGAAUCAUCUGGAAGGCUUAUGAAAAGAGAUUGCUGGCCCCCACCUCCAGAAUUUCUGAUUGAGAAGAUCUGGGGUGGGGCCUGAGAAUUUCCCUUUCUCACCAGUUUUCAGUUAAUGCUGCUGGCUUGGGACCACACUUUGAGAACCACUGUCCUGGGGUGUGGAGAACUGUUGGAGGAAUUUAAGGUGAAUAGUAAGAUCGAUCACAUUCAUGAUUCAAUAUAAAUCUUGCUGUGAAGUCCAAGACUGGAGACUGGAGACUGAGAGAGAAAGAAGAAGGUUCCUUACAGUUUAUUAGCACUUGCUUGAUGCCAGGCCCUCUGGGAGUUACAGAUCACAUUGAGCCAAAAACCGUCCAGUGUUUUCUUCAGCUACAAACAAAAUGAAUAUUCCGGUACUGCUGCAUCCUCACCGGCAUUUCCUAAAAGGCCUCUUGAGAACACCUUUCCCACGUUACCACUUCAUCUUGCACUCAAGUACUCAUCUCGGAUCAGGAAGCCCAUGUGCUCGGCCAUUCGAGUCUCUUGGACUCCAUUGUACAAAGUGGAUGGUGCUGUCAAAUGGUUUAAAGAGACAGUUAUGUGUACAGACAAGCUUAAAGGAACAUACAGAAGGACUUUCUGAUAAAGAACAAAGAUUCGUGGAUAAACUUUAUACUGGAUUAAUCCAAGGGCAAAGGGCCUGCUUAGCAGAGGCCAUAACUCUUAUAGAAUCAACUCACCACAGGAAAAAAGAAUUAGCUCAGGUGCUUCUUCAGAAAGUACUGGGCUACCACAGAGAACAAGAACAAUUAAAUGAAGGAAAGCCACGGGCAUUUCGAGUGGGAUUGUCUGGGCCCCCUGGUGCUGGAAAAUCAACCUUCAUAGAAUAUUUUGGAAAGAUGCUUACUGAGAGAGGGCACAAGUUGUCUGUGCUGGCUGUGGACCCUUCUUCUUGUACCAGUGGUGGAUCACUCUUGGGGGAUAAAACCCGAAUGACUGAGUUAUCAAGAGAUAUGAAUGCGUACAUCAGGCCGUCUCCCACUAGAGGAACUUUAGGAGGUGUGACAAGGACCACAAAUGAAGCUAUUCUGUUGUGUGAAGGAGGGGGAUAUGACAUCAUUCUUAUUGAAACUGUAGGUGUGGGUCAGUCGGAGUUUGCUGUGGCUGAUAUGGUGGACAUGUUUAUUGUACUACUGCCACCAGCAGGAGGAGAUGAAUUGCAGGGUAUCAAAAGGGGUAUAAUUGAGAUGGCAGAUCUGGUAGCUAUAACUAAAUCUGAUGGAGACUUGGUUGUGCCAGCUCGGAGGAUACAAGCAGAGUAUGUGAGUGCGCUGAAGUUACUCCGCAAGCGCUCAAAAGUCUGGAGACCAAAGGUAGUUCGUAUUUCUUCCAGAAGUGGAGAGGGCAUCACUGAGAUGUGGGAUAAAAUGAGAGAAUUCCGAGACCUCAUGCUGGCCAGCGGCGAGCUGAUGGCCAGACGGCAGAAGCAGCAGAAAAUCUGGAUGUGGAACCUCAUUCAGGAGAGUGUGCUAGAACAUUUCAGGACCCACCCCACUGUCCGGGGCCAGAUUCCUCUCCUGGAAAGGAAGGUUCUCAGCGGGGCCCUCUCCCCAGGACUAGCAGCAGACUUGUUGUUGAAAGCUUUUAAAGCGGUGACUAAUGAGACACAGCCGAUACAGUAAUUUUCCAUAUCAUUUCAUAAAGUAUUUCAAUAUUAAAAGUCACUCGUGUGCUUAUAUUUCCAGUAAUUCUUCUGUGGUGGCCUCGGCCUCCUUAUUUGUGAACUGUGCUUGAAAACUCCAAGAAUGUUAGGUGUGGAUGCCAGAGGUUAGGCGUCGGGCAGUAUGUGUAAGGCACCUGUUGUACGUCACUGAUUCCCAUUUUUCCUAUUGCUUUCUAUUCUUACACCCUGGCACGGUGGCCUGCAGAAGAGCUCCUUCUCAUCGGUCAGGAGCAGAGAAAGCUGAGGACAGUGGGAGAUCGUGUACCUUAAAGUGCCUUCUUUGAUUCUAUGUUCUCCGGAACUUUCAAGAGAACAUGUAAGCAGGAGCCCCCACAUUUCUGGGGCCAGAAUGAUCCACAGUGGGUUUCUAAGAGCUGAAAGUCAUGAUCGACUGCUCCAGGAAUUUCUGAAAUGGCUGUGUACACAAGCAGCAAAGCAGUUGGAACAUGCAGUGAUGUGAACACAACUUUCAGGUUUCCUUAUCUGUAAAAUGAGGAUAAGAAAAGGUACUCCACAGGGUUGUUGGAAUAACUAAAUGAGAAAUUGUAAAAUGCUUAGCUCUCAAUAAUUGGUAGGUGUUGUUAGAAAUAUUACAUGCAGACACUCCCGACAGAUCUCUGUUCUGUAAUACAGACUGACAUCAUUUAAUUUUAGUUUGGGCAAACUACUUAAUCUCCCCAUGUCUCACUUUCCUCAUUAUUAAAGAGAGUUGACAACAGUGUCCACCCAGAGUUUUUGAAAGGACUGAUUUAUUUAGCAUAUAUACAGUGCCUGCACAUAGUAAGUGCUAAAUAAAUAUUUACCAAUUAUCGCUACCUCUUAGGGUGGUUGUGAGGAUUAAAUGAAUGAGUCUCCCUCUAGCUCAGAGCACUUCAUGGCCCUCAUUUCAUGCUUUCCAUGAGACAGGACAGCAACAUGUAUGGACACCUCUGUGGUAUAGAGUGGAAAAGGGAUUUGUACGUAACCCAGAAGUAAGUUCCUGCUCCGUGGUUUAUCUUUAGGGCCUUUCUCCUGUAACCUACUGUCUGAGGUUUUGCUCUUUUGCAGAAUGCUGCCUCAAAGUGUUUUUUUCCAGGAGACUUUUCUGCUUAUGUUUGAAGAUACUAUUUUAGACAUUAAAAAACAAAAUGAAAGAAAA